AGUUGAUAUGAUAUAUACAUUUCAGAGGGUAAGUAUGGGAGACUAAAUAAGAUGUUAGUGGACAUCGCUCUUUGGUCAGUGGACAAUCCUGCUCCUUAUUUUACACCUGCAAAUCUUAUGGUAAUCGCUAAAAACAUCCCAGAAGAGACCAAGUUCGACAGAUUUCUUUUUUUGAUGAGAACGUACGGUUACAAUCUUAUCUUAGUUGUGGCUAAUGACUGCGCCCCAGAAGAAGCGCAAAUUCCGCAAGCAGGCACUAUAUGGUAUUGGGAAAGCCUAUUAGAUGGAGCAAAGCCUCUCGACCCAACCCAAUUACGUAGCCUAUUAGCUCGAGGCAAACGAGAGACUUUCGGAUGCGAAGAAGAUGACUCACAGAGUGAAGAGGACGAUGAUGCUCCUUGUCCUUUUUGUGAUAAAUAGCUUAGACAAUACUGUAUAAUGUUUUAUCAAUCUUACUUUUAAAAUGAUACUUUGUUUUCUGUCAAAAGAAUUUAGUUUUGUGUAUGAUAACAUUGGCUCCGAUCCUUGUUCUCUUAAAACUCUGUUUUAGGAAGAAUAAAUCUACAAAUAAUAA